AUGGAUAACUUUUCUAAUUCAUCGACUCUGCUUCAAAAUUCAGGUGCGCAAUCUAUUGGUGUUUGCUAUGGUUUGGUGGCUGACAACCUUCCUUCACCAUCAGAAGUGGUGGACAUGUACCACGACAACGGCAUAACCAGUCUCAGGCUUUAUGAUCCCAAUCCGGGUGCUCUCAAUUCUCUCAGACAUUCAGGUAUAAAUGUGGCCUUGGGAGUGAGGAAUGAGGACAUACAGGCUAUUGCAUCUUCUCCGGCCGCUGCCGAUCACUGGAUCUCCUUGAGCGUGAAACCUUAUGCUUCCUCUGUGUCAAUCAAGUAUGUGACAGUCGGCAAUGAGAUAAUUCCAGGCCCGCUCGCGCAUUUCGUCCUACCAGCGAUGAAGAACCUCCAUAACUCUCUCAUGGCCGCGGGCCUAGGGAUAGUUGGUGUCACCACAGUGGUGUCUAUGCCUGUGUUGGGCAAUUCCUACCCUCCCUCACAGGGCGCUUUCUCACCAGAUGUUGUUAGUGUUAUGGCUUCCAUCGUCUCACUCCUUAACGCCACAGGCCGCCCACUGCUUGCCAAUGUGUAUCCAUACUUUUCAUAUGCUAACGACCCAGUUCACAUAUCUCUUUCCUAUGCUCUUUUCACUUCCCCUGCACCCGUUGUUCAUGACGGACCGUUCCUGUACCAAAAUCUCUUCGAUGCAAUGGUCGAUGCUCUUCAUGCGGCCAUGGAGAAAGUCGGCGGCGCCGGCGUCCUGGUCGUUGUCUCGGAAAGCGGCUGGCCGUCUGCAGGCGCCGGCCCUGCCACCAUCACGAAUGCGGAGACGUACAACAACAACCUCAUCGCUCAUGUGCUCUCCGGCAAAGGCACACCAAGAAGGCCAAGGAAGCCAUUGGAGGCGUUUGUGUUUGCGAUGUUCAACGAGAACCUCAAGCCUGGUCCGAUUACUGAGAGGAACUUCGGGCUCUUCUAUCCCAACAAGAAGCCUGUCUACCCUGUUAAGUUCCACAAAUAA